CCAAUAUGGCAGCCCCCUGUAACAUGUGAAAUCCAAAUCUAUUGGACAAACAUUCAUGAAACAGACUUUAUUGUCUGCAACAAUGAAACUGUAAAUGUCAUAACUUUAAAUUCUGUGAAGAUCAAGCAACAGUCAUGUCCUACUCUAAACUGAUCAAUCCAAAGAAGAAGAGACGGGUGUUUGCCACCAAAGAAUCACCGUUCCCUGUUCCUAUAUCAAGCAUUACAAGGGAACCAGCCUCAGAAAAGCAAUGGCUGUAUUACACGGGGGAUCUAGUGGGGAACCAGGUUAUAGUCCAUCACUCAGGAGAUAUCAGCUUCUUGUACAAAAUGGGGUUUUUUGGCAAGGGGACCCUGUCCAGAAGUAAGCCAGAGUUCAAUCAGAGAUGUAAGGUGGUUUCCUUACCCAAACCUGAUGGAGAGACCAACACGUAUAGGGUGACCAGUAGGAGAAGCUACUUGAGGAGACUUAAUUGGCAGAAUGCCAAGUCAGGUGACCCAGAAUUUGAAGAAUAUGACAGUUCACAGGAAGUAGAAUUCUGGGAGGAUGAAGUAAAUCAUGCGAGAGGAGAAACACAGAAUGUUUUCCAUGCAGAUUCACUGUCAAGUAAUAAGAAUAACAGUGAAAAUGAUGUUCAAGGUGUUGAUUUGAUUGAUCAAGAUACUAGCCAAUCACCCGAAGAGGAUGAAUGGUCAGCAGCUGUGGAAUCAUGGGAUAAUGCAGAGGCUGAUGAGGAUUUCUGGGGAGUGGAUCCGAAAGAGGACACAAUUAAAACCCCAUCCUCAUCAAGUCUUAAAACAAUGACUCAUGAUAUGACAGCUAAAAGAAAAAGAGAAGAUGAAUGGGAAGAUUCCAGGGAAGAUACUGACUUCUGGUGUAGUGAAAAUUCAAACACUGCCUCUAAUCCAGACAAAAAUUCAUAUGUUCCAUCAAGUUCUCAAAAUGACAUCAUCCCAUCAAAGGAUUUCCCUCAGAAUUCUGCUGCUAAAGAAAAUGUAGAUGAAGAACCUUCAAAAUUUGUGCCAAAUGUUGAAAACUGUAACAUGAAUAAGCAGACUGAAUCUCCGCAUAGGAAUUUAAUUGAAACAAUUGUGAUGGAUGUUCAAACUAGUUCAGAUAAAGAAUUAUCAGAUAAAAAGGAAGACGAACAAGUUGAUCCAUUGUGUGAGUCUGACAAAGAACAGGGAGAGUUGUUUGUGAUGGAAGACUCUGAAAAUGAAAGUGAAAAUAGGAAAAGAAAAUGGAAAGAACUGACAUGGAAACCAGUGGUUAAAGAGGAUCCCUACUUUGUCAAGGAAUUCCUACAUCUUACAUUCCAAGAGAGUUUCUUUUUGAGCUAUGGUCUUGGGUGUCUGCGAUUAUAUGAAAAUGAUAAGCUUUUAAAUUUGUCAGAGAUGUGGAGAAUAUUUUGUCAAAGGCAAGACAGAUUUGUCCCCCUUUAUGUAGCAUACCAUUAUUACAGAAGCAAAGGAUGGGUUCCAAAAACUGGGCUCAAAUUUGGAGCAGACCUCAUUAUAUAUAAGGAGGGUCCACCAUUUUACCAUGGUAGUUACUCUGUGCUGGUGAAAAUGGUAGAUGAGAAUUUAGCGGAGGAGGAAAACUCACGAACAUUGACCUGGACACAGCUGGCUGGACUGAAUCGCCUGACUGAACAUGUAGCCAAGGAAUUGAUGAUAUGCUAUGUAAUCAGACCUAGGCACCUCACACCAUCUGACCUCAUGUCAUCUCCCAAAGUUAUCAGUCAAUUCAAGGUUAAGGAGAUGGUUGUUUCACGCUGGGUUUCCUCUCAAGAAAGAGAAUCCAAGAAUUCAGAAGAAAUACCUUGACUUUAAUAUCCAUAUUGACAUUUAUUAUUGUGCAAUAUAUUUUGGACCUCUAGUGCCUCCACAUUGUGAAAGAUGUCCAGUGUUAUAAAUGAAUUGAAUUUAAUAUAUCGCAUCAAAUUGAAUGUUAUUAGUUGUUUUUGUCGGUUGUUUUUAAAUUACAGUGGAUCUA